UGGAUUUACCCACAGACUACAUACCAUUUUACCUAUAACCUAACUACCAUAUAAGCCUUGUUCUAUGCAUUGUAUGUAGUCUGUGAUGCAUUUUACCUAACCCCGUUUUUCCUUUGCUGUAUUAUAAACACUUGAAUUUACAUUUAAUUAAAAAAUGCAUAUCGACCAAAGAUACCUGACUCAGUACCUGAUAAAGCAUGGGGCGAUUUCACCAGAGCAGGCCUUGAAACACUGCGAAGGCAUCCCUGGAGCCCCCAUUAGGGACAUUACGCAGCUGAAAAAUACCGUUUUGGCCAUAAACCGGGACAUUUCCAGGCAGGGUUUCAAGCUGGUAUGGAAGUUCUGCGAAGUGACCAAGCAGGAGCUGCUGAUUUGGACGAACACCAAGCGCGACGACAUCGCCCUCCAUCAGCUCAGUUUCACCCCCAUCGAGUUGCAGUACUUUCACACAAUAAUGGAGGAGAUUUUGAGCGACGAAAGCCACCGGUUGCCGUAUCCAGCAGUGUUAAACCUUACAUCGGGCCUCACAAGCCAGUUUUCGCGCGACAGCGGCCAGAAGGCUUUCCAAUCGUGGGUAGCAAACGGCUAUUUCGUGCAGCUGGACGACUACGUCUAUUUAGGCCCAAGACUCAUUGUGGAAUUCACCACCUACUUGAAGUCCAAGUUUCCCGAGCAAACGUGCAAGCUGUGCUCAGAGCUGGUAUUCACGGGCAAAAGCUGCAGCCUUUGCCACAAACUCCUGCACAAUUACUGCUUGGAUAAGUAUCUGGCCAGAGAAAACAAGUGCCCCUCCUGCAGGAAGGCUUGGGUGGAGCAAACAGAUGAAGCGGAUGAUUGGAAUGGGAGUUCCGAAUAAAGAAAGUGCAAUUUUCAUCGGCAUUUAUGCAAAUAAAACAUCAGUAAGCUACCUG